GAGACGCCGAUGUUUGCAGCGCUCCGCUGGGAUUCGCUGCCGAUAACGUCCAACAGAAAGUUCCGCCGUGUCCUCCUUCGGAGGCAACUUUCUCAUGAAUCAUGGUCGUGAUUAGGAUGUUUGCUCCUCGCUUCUCUUAGUUAGUCCUUAACACUGAUUUACAUUAAGUGCUGCGGAUUGAGUGUUGCUCACCGAUUUAGACGCUAAAAUGGAAUAUGCCUGCAGCCGCAUUUUCUUGUGGGUAACAUAUUAAUUAUGUGUCUUUCAAAUGUUUUUUUUUGCGGAUUGCAUAUUUUUCCUACAAGUUCUUAGACUUAAGGAGACACAUUUUGCUUAUUAGGUUAAUAAAUAUAUUAUAUAAUUUGAAUAUUAUUAUUGUUAUUAUUAGUAACAUUAACAUUAUAGGAGGCUUUAUUUAGAAAUGUUUCCAAUAGUUAACAGACUCAGUGUUUUGUUGGGAAGAUGAGAUGCGAGUCGUGUUGUGUGUUUUACUGUUUGAUAUCAACUGCGUUAAGUGAUGAACUGGAGCUUAACAUUUAUGGUAAUUGUUCAAGAGCGAGUGUUUGUUUAGUGUAAUUCACUGGAUUUGUACAGCACCGUGUGUGUGUGUGUGUGUGUGUGUGUGUGUGUGUGUGUGUGUGUGUGUGUGUGUGUGCCUUCUGCAGUCAGGGUGUCCUUCACCAGCUCUCAGAAGUGUGUGUUUGAAGCUGAAGACGUUGCUGGCUCUUUGUCGCAGUGUUAUCAGGAUCAGUGCUGGGCUUGAACGCUCCAGAAAACACAUGCUGAUGUUGCACGCUGCGGUAAUGGCCUCUUAAUGCCAACAUAAAUAACCAAAUCGAAAACGUUUCUGCUUAUAUUCUUUUCGAAGGGCUGUUUAACUGUGUUUUACUACUUUUAUGCGACGCUUACAGGCUCAUACGUAGUGGGAUGGACUGUUGUCGAGCCUGCAGAUGUCACAUUGUGUAGCUCCAGCGAACGCAUCGCUGUUUUGUGAAUCACUGCUCGGAGAAAAGUCACAUUGCAACUUUACUAUGUGACUAAAGUUGGAUGUCUUGGUUUUGCUGCAGUGAACGUCCUUGGCGGAGUAAUGUGCUGCCACAGCGUUCCAUCAGGCCUGUCCACUGGUCCCACCAACUCAUCUGUGCCUUUUCUAACUUCACAAUCUCAGUAUUCCUUGUCUUCACUGGGGCAAACGUUGCUGUUUUCUGUGUUUUGGGAGGAAGUUGAGCUAAUAAGCACAAGAAUAAACCCCCAUUUUGUGGCUAUUAAUCUUCAGCUUGUGUGAAAAAUGAAUUGCCUCGUCCUCUAAUUUUCUGUUUUAAAAGGCUUUUGCAUCAUCUCACAUGAAAAAACACUUAAAAAACACCUCCAACACAUUUUUUUUCCUCUCACGUUUCCUUUUUUCCACUUUUUAAUUUAUGGCUCACUGGCCCCAUGUGACAUGGAGGACAUGAGCGAGUCUGUAAAGCUGCCUUUUGUCUGAACUGGAAUUCGGCUCAUUUGUCAUCGCAUCCCGUCUCAUGCUGUUGUUAAUUAACCCUUCUCGCUAACGGCCACAGUCGCGGCGCCGCCGUCUCUCCGGCCCGGCGUUAUCGCCCCGCGGCCUGCCGGCCGCUGUCCCAUCCCACGCCAUAUUCCUGGGGGUGUCAGCGGUGCUUCCUCUCUCCACUAGUCUUUCCUUUAAGCAUUGAAGUUUUAUCUUAAAUGAAAUUGUUGAAGCAGAUGUUAAAGAGCCAUACAUCACGCGGACACCUGGCGAAUCUGCAGCGGCGACGGGAGAGGCUCCGCAAUGGAGGGAGCGAGCGUUAUGGCCAAGGCUGCGUUCAUAAAUCCACAGGCGGAGCGAAUCAAGCUGUCAGCUCGUAUGUGCCAUUUAGUGAGAAUGUGCUGUCUCUGUAAAGUUUUGCAGGGCUGAUGAUGGGUGUUUUAUUUUAGCCUUAGGGAGGUGACCUUCCUGGCGUUUCUCUGUCGUCUGUCGGCGUUUUCACGCACCAGAAAUCCCACCUGUACCUGCCUGUGCUGCUGCUUCACCCCCCCCCCCCACAGCUGGGAUGCUCAUAUACAGUCCAUCCCUUUUGUCCACAAAACUUUUCCAAUUAAAAUGAGGUCAUUUUUCCUGAAGUGCCGCCCGUCCGUUACACGGCCCCGUCCGGGCUUCCUCUGUACCCUCCUGGCCCCUGGAUGAUGCUCCGCUCCACGUAUGGAUUUCCUGUCCUGUAAAUCCCCAGACUGUCUGCAUGUGAUGGGUUGUUGAGAUCUAACACUGCAGAUUGCUGCUUAUUGCGGCGGUAUAUCUUCAUCUCUAUGUUUGAGUACAGCAGGGCGCUCGUCCACAGAUCCGCAGUGUUUUGCUCACAAUGGAUUUGUAGAAUUAGCAACAAAGACACUUUAUUUGAUCGUCUUUUGCCUGAAUAAUGAAAUAUAUGCUGUGUUCAAGAGGGUUGUGUGUGAAUGUGUGUAUAAAUAUAAUGCUUUUCAAGGAAGAUGAUGUUUGUUCCUGAUGUUAACAAACACAUAACAUACAUAGAACAGUGUGUUUGUCCCUGUAGGUGAGGAUGUUGUUGUGGCUGAGUUUGCUGCUGCCCACCCUCUCGACCGCUCAGCGAUCAGAGCCCAUGUUCUCCGCAAUAACCAAGGCCGUUCUUCCUCCGGACUACGACAACAACCCCACCCAGCUCAACUACGGCGUGGCCGUCACCGAUGUGGACGGAGACGGAGACCUGGAGUUGUUCGUAGCUGGCUACAACGGGCCGAACCUGGUGCUAAAGUACGACAAGCAGAUGAGGAGGCUGGUCAACAUCGCCGUCGACAACCGCAGCUCCCCCUUCUACGCCCUGAGGGAUCGCCAGGGCAACGGCAUCGGCGUGACGGCGUGCGACAUCGACGGGGACGGACGCGAGGAGAUCUACGUCCUGAACACCAAUAACGCCUUCUCGGGUCGGACAACUUACUCUGACAAGCUCUUUAAGUUCCGCAACGGACGCUUCGAGGAUCUGCUGAGCGACGACAUUAACGAGCACAGGGACGUAGCCAACCGCAUGGCCGGGCGCUCGGUGGCCUGCGUGGACAGAAAGGGCACAGGCCGUUACGCCAUCUACAUAGCAAACUACGCCAGCGGCAACGUGGGUCCCCAUGCGCUGAUAGAAAUGGACGAGGCCGCCAGCGACCUCUCGCAGGGCGUCAUCGCCCUCUCCAACGUGGCCGAGCAGGCCGGAGUCAACAAGUUCACAGGAGGCCGAGGCGUGGUGGUCGGCCCCAUCGUCAGCCACACCCUGUCCGACGUGUUCUGCGACAACGAGUACGGCCCCAACUUCCUGUUCAGGAACAACGGCGACGGCACCUUCAGCGACGUGGCCCAGCAGGCCGGGCUGGAGGACCCGGUGCAGCACGGCAGAGGGGUGGCGCUGGCCGACUUCAACCGGGACGGCAAGACGGACAUCGUCUACGGGAACUGGAACGGGCCCCAUCGCCUGUACAUGCAGAUGAACAACCGCAAGCAGAAGUUCAAGGACAUAGCCUCCCAGAAGUUUUCCAUGCCGUCGCCGGUUCGCACCGUCAUCGUUGCAGACUUCGACAAUGACAACGAGUUGGAGGUUUUCUUCAAUAACAUCGCCUACAGGGGCCCGUCUGCCAACAGGCUCUUCAGGGUGAGCAGAAGAGAGCACGGCGAUCCCCAGAUCGAAGAAGUGAAUGUUGGGGAGGCCUCAGAGCCCGAAGGACGAGGAACAGGAGCUGUGGCCACAGACUUCGAUGGCGACGGGCGCCUGGAGCUGCUGGUGUCUCACGGCGAAAGCGCCGCCCAGCCGCUGUCCGUCUACAAGGUCAAACAGGGCGCCGCAAACUCGUGGCUGCGGGUCAUCCCUCGCACCAAGUUCGGCGCCUUCGCCAGAGGAGCCAAGGUGGUGGUUUACACCAAGAAGAGCGGCGCGCACACGAGGAUCAUCGACGGAGGCUCCGGGUACUUGUGCGAGAUGGAGCCUGUUGCCCACUUUGGUCUCGGUAAAGACGUCGCCACCAGCGUGGAGGUGUACUGGCCCGACGGCGUCUCCGCGGCGCGGCCGCUGGAACCGUCGGAGAUCAACUCGGUGCUGGAGAUCCAGUACCCCAAGGAGGAGGAGGACGUGACCCCGACGGUGGAAAUCGAGUGUGGUCACGGCUUCGCCCUCAAUGAGUUCGGCCGCUGCACCGAUAAAGAUGAGUGCACCCACUUCCCCUCCGUGUGCCCCUCCGACCGCCCCGUCUGCACCAACACCUUCGGCAGCUACAAGUGCCGCGCCAAGAGGAGAUGCGGCCAGGGCUUCGAGCCCAACGACGACGGCUCGGCCUGCGUGGCCCAGGUGGCCUACUUCGGGGGGACGCGGUCCGCGGGCCAGCGCCGGUGGCCGGGCCUCCCCUCCUGGCUGCUGCCGGCCUCUGCGCUACCGCUGCUCUGCAGCCACCUCCAGACCGGACCCCUGUAGCCGGCAACCGGACCGCUGAAUGGGGAUGUACAGAGACUCUCUGAGCAAGCCUUUCCCUGACGCAUCCUCUCCUCCACCUCCAUUCCGGACCUCUGCACUCCUUUUUCAUCGCUAACUCAACCCCCCCCCCCCCCCCCCCCCCCCCCCCCCCCCACCGCUGCUAUGUGUCACCUCUUGGCUCCCAGCCCCCUUUGGACAAAAGAGAAACACACAGGGAGCAUGCUCGCUGGGAGCUACAGGGUUCAGAACUAACUGUGUCACACCCGCAGAGCCCUCACAUCAUCACCUGGCACUUCUCUUCGAGGGACCUGAACUGAGGCCAAGUCAAUAAGUGGAGCCGCACCCUCUGAACCUCUGCACACACAGGACAGAACCACAGGCCCAAGACACACUGAGGUCCCAUCUGGAUCUCCACAAUAGGUUCAUCCUCACAUUGUCCCCUUCCUAUUACUGAGAUGCUGAGGAUAAGCAGCUCUCCCAGCUUUAGGUGUAUUCUACGGUACAGUACAUCCUAUGGGGCGCUCAGCCACAGGAACAUAUGCCAGACCAUCUGUCCCCGACGGCAGGUUACACUGACAGGAGGUGGAAGAGGCAUUUCAGCCCAUUCAUUUCAAUAACAAGUUGUUUAUUGGUUGGAGAGUAUUUGAUUUAGCUUUAUUUGUUUGUGGAUUUACAGAACCACAUCACAAUAAUUACAGUGCCCGUGGGGGAACACUGUUCUCAAUCAAGUACAAAGGAACGAGUGCUAUAAGGCCAACGUAGGGAUUAUCACUUGUUGAUGGGAACAUAAGUGGAUGUGUUGCAGUAAGAGAAAUGUAAAAUAUGCUUUGUGAAGUAUUAAACAAGCCAUACUUGACUAUUUAUUAUAAAUUGGUUUGAAAUAGCUUUCAUACUGUUGGGAAGCACAUUUCAUUCAUUUUCUAACAUAGUCUUUAGGGAAGUGAAUAAAUAUUAUGGCUGAAAAGAUGAUACACAAAAAACUGUGUUGACAGUUUGGCUUCUACCGACAAAGGAGCGCGAGUUCAUGUUACCCAGUGUUAGUGCAGAGAGAGUGUGUGUGUGUGUGUGUGUGUGUGUGUGUGUGUGUGUGUGUGUGUGUGUGUGUGUGUGUGUGUGUGUGUGUGUGUGUGUGUGUGUGUGUGACGUCAGACGCCACACUGGGCUCUCAGACAUCCGUCCACCUGUAAAUAUCAAAACAUUUAAUCUGAGAUUUACAGCCCGAGCUUAUUUCUCACAGAGACACGUUCAACAAAAGGGAUCAGAGCAUGAAAAACUAAUAAACAAACGAUGAUGGAUGUGUUAAAGCAAUUAAAGUAACUCACCACGGAUCUCUGCUGGAUCCACGCUGGUGACGUCGCCGCGAGCCAAACAAUCAGCGAAGGCUGAGCGCAGUGUAAGUGUGCGUUCAGCAGCAUCGAGUCCAUUGAAGUCAAAUAUUUUAGUGUCACAGAGGUUCAACUGAGGGUGCUGUAAAAUGUUAUUGUGGGACACCAUGGAAAUGUUUUUGUAGUUUGAAUCACACUCUGGGGUCAAACUGUAUCACCGAGGACUGAUAUGUAAGCUCACAGUCUGCAUGAACAAUAAGAGCCACACGGUUUUUAUUAAAUCUGCACGCUAUAAAAGACAUAGUCAUGUUUUUAAGCCUAUUGCACAAAUUACUCCACUAAAUCUCAACAAUCCUAAAACCCGGUAAUAAUUUGCUAUCCAGUUCACGGAUGGAUGGAUCUUUUUUUUUUUUUUUACAAGUGAGUUGGAUUUGUUCCUUAAUAGAAACAUCACUUGGUUAUAUUGUCCUUACUGUAUCUACUCUGUCCAUUCAAAUGUGCAGGUUCAAUCAGAAUUAUUUAAACAAAAUUCAGACAUGAAGUUUUCUGUGACCGUUGAAACAGAACAUGAGGCAAUGCUGACAAAAAUAAAUGAAGCAAUACUUUUA